GCCAUGCCUAACUCACGAAAGUUGGUUCCUUUAAAAGAAGCUAUUGAAAUAAUCAAUGAAUCAGAUGAUUCAAAUUAUUUUUAUUCAUCGGAAGAUGAAUAAACCGUCCGACCUAGCAUCCGAAUCUAGCAAUAGCCAAAGUGACAGUGGCGAUGAAGCAGGACCGAUUAUAGGCGAUGAAGCCGAGGCGAAUAUAGGCAAUGAAGUAGUACUCAAUGUAGGCAAUGAAACCAAGUCACAUAUACAAGAUGAAGCAGGACCGAAUGUAGGGGAUAGAGCCAAUCCAAAUAUAGGCGAUGAAGCAGGACUGAAUGUAGGCGACAAAGCAGAGCCAAAUAUAGGAGAUGAAGCAGGACCGAAUGUAGGCUAUGCAGCAAGGGAGAAUGAUGGAGCAAAAGAAAAUAUCGGUGGUGUAGUACAACCCAAUAGGGGUAAUGGGGAGGAAAAGAGACGUAGUAGAAAAAGGCAGAGAAAUGAAUUUGAAUGGAAGCAGAAUGUACUAAAGUGGGCACGAAACAAAGGAUUAGAAUAUACAACCAGAAAGGGGAAAGUAGUUCAGGCAAGGAAGAUCAUCUAUCACCGCUGUGGUAGAUGCGUCAACAAAUGCAAUAUUGUACUUUCAGAUGACGACAGGGACACCAUUUUUCGAAAUUACUGGAUCAUGGGAGACAGACAACGACAGAGAGAUUAUAUUGCUAAUCAUGUGUGUGUGAAGAAAAACAGCCGUAAAACACCAGGCAGUAGGCGCAACAUGACCCUUCAUUACUAUUUCACUGUUAGGGACAAGAGGGUCAAAGUUUGCAAGGCUGUAUUUUUAAAGACAUUGUGUAUUGGAGAAAAAACUGUGACUUACACUAUUAGCCACAGGUCCGAAACAGGACAGUCUGCAAAAGAUGGGAGGUGCAGCAAACCACCUGGUAUUAAGAAACCUGAUCUACUGCGAGAUACAGUUAAGUCACACAUAAAUUCCUUCCCUGCCCUAGCCUCCCACUAUGCAAGGAGUGGGACAACUGGAAAAUACCUAGAUCAUAACCUUAAUAUAAGAAAAAUGCAUUCCCUUUAUAUGGAAAAUUAUGAAGGUGAUAGAACAAAACAGGUUAAAGAAUCGUACUACAGGUCAGUUUUCGUGUCAGAAUUCAAUUUAUUUUUUCAUAAGCCUAAAAAAGACAAAUGUAGUUUCUGCGUUAGCUAUGAAAACUCUAGUCAUGAGGAAAAGCAAGCUCAACAAGCCGAUUACGAUGCCCAUCAUCAGAGGAAAAACAGAGUUCGACAGUUAAAACUUGAAUUUAAAGAACUUUCCAAAUCUGAUAAUGCUGUUGUGUCUCUAACAUUCAGAUUUGAUUUGGAACAAGUAUUGCUUUCCCCUAAAAUGAAUGUAUCAGCACUGUUUUAUCGCCGAAAACUUGCUACAUAUAAUCUCACUACAUAUGAUCUUGACAGCCACAACGUAAACUGCUUCAUGUGGCACGAGGGAGUCGGAGAAAGAGGUAGCAGCGAAAUUGCUACAUGCAUGUAUCAGUAUUUGAAAUCUCUCCCGGCUAAGGUAACACGUGUUAUUUUCUUUUCAGACACAUGUUCUGGACAAAAUAGAAACCAGUACUUUUCCUCAAUGUGCCUAAAUGUAGUACGUUAUACGUAG